AUGCCUCGGCGUGAAGCUCAGUAUUUGAGCUUGUUCAAAUGUGUCAUCAUAUCUUUAUCACUAAUUGCAGCUGUGGAAUAUUUCAAAUAUGCUACCCAGGCAAAUUAUGAAUGGUUUCACUGCACGCCAUCUGUUGAACCAAUUGGAUAUCAUGGUAGUUCGCUCGUCAAGCUUUCCUCUAAAGGAGGCCCUAGUUGUGAUAAACGAGGUGAAUUCAAGACAAUUGUGAAGAAAAUAACAAGAGAUUUUGAUGUAAAUAAGCAACAUAUCUCCUUCUGCAUAAUUGAAAAUGCUAAUGUACCUCCCAUUCAUUAUCCCAUCCACGAAGAUAAGGGUCAACCUGGUUAUGUUGCUUAUGCGGGAUACAACAAUGAAACAGAACUUAUCGAGGAGCAUUGUGGUGACGCUACUAUAUUUAACAUUUAA